AUGCGUCCGUCCAGUCAGUCCCGGAAGCGAAGAGGGGAUUGUGACGGCCCCUUCCUCGCUGCCGUAAGUGAUGUUGGCAGCGGCCGCGGCAGGCUGCGAGGGGGUUGGAGGAUGGGGUGCUGUUAUCUGUUGGGUCUGUUUUUGCUCCUGGGGCUGCUGAGGGCUGGCCGGGGGCUGCAGAACGUCACCGCCCAGCUCUUCGGGGCCGAGGCCUUCGGGACCCUGGUGGCCUUCGGGGACUUCAACUCGGAUAAGCAGACGGACCUGUUCGUGCUGAGGGGCGGCAAUGAAUUACUUAUCUUUCUGGCAGACCAAAAGGAGCCGUAUUUUAAACCCAAAGUCAAGUUGUCAAUAAAUCAGGGAGUCAUAACCAGUGUGGUUCCUGGAGAUUAUGAUGGUGAUUCACAAAUGGACGUCCUCCUGACAACACAACCACAAAAUCACGUCACUGAUGAACUAUCGGUUAUUAUUUUCUGGGGACGCAAUCAAACAUUAGAUUAUAAUCGUAAGACUGUGUUAAAUAAAACUUUUCAUGAUGAGCCUCUAAUUAUGGACUUCAAUGGUGAUUUAAUUCCUGAUGUCUUUGGUGUCACAAAUGAGUCAGAUAGGCCUCAGAUACUGAUAGGCAGGAAUUUAUCAUGGCAUCCUGCAUUGGACACUAAGAGUAAAAUGUACAAACCGCACUCUCAUGCAUUUAUAGAUAUGAAUAGAGACUUCACUGCAGAUUUGUUCCUUACUACAUUAUCAAGUUCCCAACAAAUUCAGUUUGAAACAUGGGUAAAUAAGGAUGGGAAUUUCUCCAAAGUCACAGAUGUAAAGCAAAAACCUGAAGACACGAUGGUUGUUGGACAAUCAGUGUUUGCAGAUUUUGAUGGGGAUGGGCAAACUGAGCAUUUACUGCCAGCCUGUGCUGAUGUAACUUGUCAAAAAAGUGCCAUCUACUUAUCUAAACCAGGACUGAAUCAGUGGAUACCAGUGUUGCAGGACUUUAGAAAUAAGGACACACUCUGGGGUUUUGUGCCGUAUGAAAACAAUCAAUCCUCAGUUCCAAUUACUCUUCACAUUGGAGAUUACAAUAUGGAUGGCUACCCAGAUGCUCUUGCCAUAUUAAGGAAUACUUCUGGAAGCAAUCAGCAGGCAUUUUUAUUAGAGAAUGUCCCAUGCAACAAUGCAAGCUGCAGGAAUAUACAUCGUAUGUUUAAAGUCUACUGGGAGCUCUCUGAUCUAAAUCAAAUCAAAGAUGCUGUGCUGGCAACCUUCUUUGACAUUUAUGAAGAUGGAAUCUUGGAUAUCAUUGUACUAAGCAAAGGCUAUUUCAAAAGUGACUUUGCCAUCCACACAUUAAAGAAUAACUUUGAAGCAGAUGCUUAUUUUGUUAAAGUUAUUGUUCUUAGUGGCCUCUGUUCUAACGAUUGUCCUAGUAAAAUAACACCCUUUGGUGUGAAUCAGCCUGGACCUUAUAUCAUGUACACAACUGUAGAUGCAAAUGGGUAUCUGAAAAAUGGUUCAGCUGGACAACUUAGCCAGUCAGCUCAUUUCGCUCUCCAGUUGCCUUACAACGUGUUAGGUUUGGGACGCAGUGCUAAUUUCCUUGAUCACUUAUAUGUUGGCAUUCCUCGUCCUUUAGGAGAAAAGUCCAUAAGAAAGCAGGAAUGGACAGCUAUCAUCCCGAACUCCCAACUUAUAGUCAUUCCAUAUCCACACAACGUUCCUCGAAGCUGGAGUGCCAAGCUAUACCUGACCCCAAGUAACAUUGUGCUGCUCACAGCUAUAGCCCUAAUUGGUGUCUGCGUUUUUAUCUUAGCAAUAAUUGGCAUAUUGCACUGGCAAGAAAAGAAAGCAGAUGACCGAGAGAAACGACAAGAAGCCCAUCGGUUCCAUUUUGAUGCUAUGUAACAUGCCUUAAGAUCUAUGAAGGAGCUGCUUUUCAUUUGUUUAAUCAAAAUACGAAAUUCCAACUUGUAAAGGAGAUUAGGGGAGCUGGGGUAUUGUUAGUGUGUUAUUUGUAAAUGUUGCAUUAUUUGGUAUUUAUUUGAAAAGCACUAAAAUCAUACCUGAAAGUCUCAAUAUGAGCUUUCAGUAAACAAUUUGUAUAUACUGGCUGUUACUGGCCUUUAUUUAACAACGCUGUCAAUUUAUUUUUCUUAGUAAGGGAUUUUUUUUUGCAUUUGUUCCAAUGUUUACAUACUGCCACUUCUUCCAGUACAACAUUUGAUGGAAAAGAAAUCACGUGUAAAUAAAGGUUGCAUUUCACUGAGAAGAAGCUUUUAGUGCCAUUGGAAUUGGUCUUGUCAUUUCUGCAAUAUAAAUUAUAUUUCUGUAAAUGAACCUAAUGCAGAUUAUCAGAUGAGACAUUUUACAUCAAUUACUUUAACUGUACUCUUGGGGUGCCUGAUCUAAAGUGUCUAGAUCUUUUUUUCCUUUGUUUUAAUUCUUAAAUUCUCAUCUAACUAUUGCAUGUAUUUACUGAAUGACUAAAUUAAAUCUACAAAGCUAACAGCCAAGUAACUAAUCAUCGGACAUCUGUACUGUUGAUGUAUAUUAGUUCUAGACAUGAAGCCUUCAAAUUUAAAAAAAAUAAAUAAAACCUAAAUUUAUACAGAAAUUAAUCAUAAUCCAAAAUAGGUAAAAAAUUAUGCCUUCCUAGAAUGGAAGUGAUCAGAAGAAUUUUGCUUGAGUAUUGAUGUGUAUCAAUGUGACUAUACUUAAAUUUAAUUAUGAAAACAAAUGGCCAUCAAGAUUAUGAAUGGAAUUUGAUUUUCUUGGGGGGAAGCUUAUAGAAAAACCUGUAAGGGAAACUGGGGUUGAGUCCUAUGUUUGGCCUGCCUGUUUCCACCCCAAAGGCCAUUCAUGAUUAAGGGCCGAGGAAUUCUGUGGUUCAUAUCAAGUCCUUGAUGUAAACUUUUUACAUGAGGGCAUGUUAUGCUACUGUCCCCAAAUUCUGUAGGAAGAGAGUGAUGAUUAUGUCUGAAGAGAAGCUCAGUUCUGUAUAUUCAAAAUGUCAAUAGCUUUCCAUCAUCCAGCUUAUACUGCAGCAAUGGUAAUACAUAUUCCCUGAAAACAAUCAUGCUUUUAUUUUACGUAAUACAGUUUUCCUUUGUUCUUAAAAUGGUUUGCAUUUACAUGAUUCACUGUGUAUUUAAAUCUGUUAACGUGCAUUCAUAAUAAAUGUUUAUUAAAUCAA